AUGGACAUCGACCAUGAGUUACACCUGAGUUUCAGCACCGGGGACUCUGCUUCCCUCUCGGGCGACGACGAGCAGACCAUGCAGCUCCUGUCCCAGCCCUCUCAUGCACCGUUUGCGAACCGUGACGCAAGACGCGAGAAGAGGAGGCUGUAUUGGCAGUACCACGAGACCGGAAGCGCUCACGAUCACCCUUCCGCUCGACUGAAAAAACAGUACUCGAAACGCUGCGGUCGGGCUUUACUGUCGUCCAUCAUAUUGCUUCUAAUGUCGUGGACGCUCUUCGGGGUGUACAGCAUCUGGUAUGCAACGCACUGGGACAAAGCCUCGAAGGCUUCGGCAAUGCGGGACAGCCCGAAAGGUGCUUGCGGCGUCAACACAACCGGCGGGCCGACUUUCAAUACGACCGAAUCUUUCCCCAGCGGCCUGACGGACUUGACGCAACCUCGACCCGCGAUCACUGUGGGACUUCGGCACAACGCACCGGUCCAACAACGCUGCACGGCGACCGAGUUCACGCAGGCUCUGGGGAAUGUUGUCUUGCCGGAAAACGCUUUGUCUCGACACGUGAAUUAUUCUGUACCCUCACUCAACGAAUCACAAACUUUGCCACCGUUCGAGUUCUCGUGGAAGCUUCCCAGUUGCGACCAGCCUCGGAUAUAUACGAGGGAAGAGGCGUGCGAUAUCAUGGCUUCGUUCCGAGGUACGUUUCUCGAACCUUGUUCGCUGCGCACAAGCGCCCGCCCUCUCGCGUUCGGCGAGAUGCCAUGGCGCUUAUCCGAAUAGCCUUAAUCAUUUGGAUUCAGGUGUUUAUUUUGCUGGGGAUUCCUUGGUACGACACCUAUGGGACGCAAUUCUGUUGCUGUUGACCAGUGAGUCCUCCUCAAACCCUUCAGACUCGGCCAAGAUUUCCCCAAGCUUGCAAACCUCUUCGCGCUCGUUUACUGUCCGAUCCCAACAGAUGAUAUUGGAGGUGCGAUCUUCACCGACAAAGAAGACGUGAGGGAACAAUGCCGAGGUAGUCUGCCCUCUCUGACCUCCAAGUAGACUUGUAUCACCACGCCGUUUGUCUGAUCGUGCUGAUUUUGGCGAUUUACUUUCAUAGGUGAACGACUUUUUCGUGACCGUCGACCCGAUUGGCACACAACGAGAUGCCGGAGCGCCUACUACAAGAACAUCGAUCUGAUGAAGGUCUGUCCUGGAAGGAAAGUGUCUGCCAAGUAUCAUGAUCAGUGAGUGAUCGAUUGGCAGCUCGAUCUAUCAAGUCCUCGCUGAUCUUUGCAAUUGUCGACUUGCUCCAUCAGCAACGACGGGUAAGCAACUCUGACUUUUGCGAAAACAACGUCAAAUCUCGGUACACUAAUCUGCUUCGAUCGUUUCAGAUUCAACCUAAACGACUUCAAAAAGUGGCGCAAGAACCUUCCCGCCCCUUCGCUCUCCAUCGUCUUCCUCUCUAGUGCCGGCAUCCACCAAAUGUACAACUUCAACCGCGUGCGUGAGAAUUGGCUGCGCCACGUCCUCGCCCUCCGGUCAAGGCCCGAUUCGACGGCGCCGAUCCUCCUCUGGCAGGGGAAUCAUUGUCCUGGAGCCAACAUUGCGAAAACCUAUUCCGAGACUCAGGGUCCCGAGGUCGUCAAGAAGUACAAUGCCAAGGUCAAGGCUCAUAUCGCUAAGCAGGGAAUGGACUAUCUCGAGGGAGGGAUGAACUUUAUUCCCUGGUUCAAUGUGAGACCUUCCUCAUAGUUUCUUAUCUAGUAACCACUGACGAGGCAUGUGACUUUCGUACAGGCAACUCAAGGAGGUAAGACCCCACUAGUUUAUUACAAUGUCGGCGAGCUAAGCUCACACCCCUAUCCUCGACCCCAAACUCCUCAGCCCAAUCGUACGACGGCCAAGUAAGCUCUUGACAGGAGCUGUUUUCGGUCAAGACGGCGACUGAUGGAGUCGUCGAUUUCACUUUCACAGCAUUAUAGCUACCAGGUAUUCCGGACACCCUCCGCCCGUAGCAGCGAAACCCCUCGCUGACCUCGCGCACCAUUUUCUCACUAGGUCAACAUGGAGAAAGCUCAAACGUUCCUCAACAUCCUGGAUCUCACCUGGCGUGACGCCGCUCGACGAGGAGGUUUGGCCACCGAAAAAUUGACGUCGUCUUGA